AUGUUUAAUCUCACAUAUCCCUCCGACGCCAGCCGCAAGGCCACCAAGAAAGUCUUGCGCGUUAUGUCGAGCCUCAAAAGUACACUCUUGUCAACCCUCUCCAAGACUCCCAAGCAGCAUCUCAAGGAGCAGAAGCCCAGGUACCAACUAUGCAGCAACCCCAGCAUAACUAUUACAGAUGCGGAGACCGGCGAAGAGUGGGAGUUCAUCGAUCCUGAUGAACUCGAUGGUGAUCUCCCGAACAGCGACAACACUCGCACUUUGAGAGAGGAACUCGAGCUCAAUGCGCGCGAACAGGAUGAUCUCCUACAGAGAGACAUGCUGUCUGUUCGACAAAACUCGCCAGUGCCAGUGGAACAGAAGAGCUUCCAACAGCGGCAGCAUCUCCUCGAUGUUGACCGUAUAUAUUCUUCAUUUCUCCCCCCUAACCGGGCUCUCAUUCCUUUCCUCAGCCAUCCUCGACAUCACUUCCAUCCGGACACCUUGAGAUCACCACCACUUACCAACACCAGCUCACACCGAAUUUUGGACCCUUCGAGACACUUGUACUAUCAGGCUACCUACACGGCAACCUUCUUCGCCAUCCAAGGACCUCUCAGUCAUCACCAACAACAAACACACGCAACCUCAACCGAAGCAACCGACACCAUGGGUAUGAAGAUGCCAUCCGACCCUUCCUUCGAGUGGCCUGCGGAAUGCACAAAGCCCAGCAUGUUCUCCAUGCUGGUCAAGAAGGUCACCUCCCUGAUCAAGGGCCCUUCGAACGAGGACAGGGAUCGCGAGCUGAAGGACCAAGAGGAAAAGGACCGGGAGGUGAAAGAGGGCGUAGUCGUCCAGCCUGAGGAUGCUACGGAGCCUUGGGAAGUCGUCCCCAGCGUCAAGGACGACCCUUGGAGCGUCGUUGUGAAGUCUCGCAGCGUGCUCACCGAGUACGAAGACAGCGGUGCCAACCGCCAGAUCCAGUACGAACGUACUUACCAGUACGAGUUUGAUCGCCGGGUCAUGGAGGCCGACCGCCUCGCUCUCCGUGAAGCUAACAAGCGCGCUACGAAGUAG